CGGCCUGCGCGGGCACUCGAACGAUGCAGGUCGCAUGGAGGCGGCGCCGCCCACCGCGGCAGGAGACAACGACCAACAGAUGUGAAGGAAGGCGCUCUGUUAGCGAGUUCGUGAGUCCGCAGCUAGGCAACGAAAAAGGGGGGAGAGAAGAAAACCCGCAAGAAAAAGAAACCCAUUUGUCGACACCAGCCGAGUCCUCUGCUCUUGCACCAGCACAUCCAUCCCCUCUUCUCUCUUCACCCUCGCCAACUCGUCACCCCCUUCUCUGCUUCUCUGUUCAACCUCGCCAGCUCUUCACUCCCCCUCUGCUCUUGCAUCAUCCCCUCCUCCUCUUGCAAAAAUGAGAAUCCCACUCUUCCUUUCACUCACCUUCGCCCUCACGGGCCGUUGUCUGGCCAAGGACGACGACGACCCAGACUCAAAGGUUGAGCCCGGCUGCCAGCCGCACCGGUGGUCAUGGGACGACGAACCAGAAUUGGCGUCACUAUUCAUGGAGCCCGAUGUAGAGUUGCGCGCAGCGGUCGAAAUUAAGCCGGGCGAUGUCAACUGCCGCCGCUGGGACCAAACGACCGACAAUGUUGGCUACUGGACUUGCAAUGAGCUAGCCACGAAACACGGCCUCGAUCUCGACAAGUUUUGGGAGCUAAACCCCGCGCUCGCACCCAGCUGCGAGGCUAUCAAGCCAGCUACCGAAUACUGUGUUCGCGGCUUCAUCGAGCCGCUUAGGGCCAUGGAUGGCAACUGUGGCCCGCAGAACAAGAACGCGACCUGCAUCGGCUCCGGUCAUGGCCAAUGCUGCAACGCGGAAACAUGGAAGUGCGGCGAAACGGAGAACGACUGCUCCAUCGGGGUUUGUUACGAGGGCCUCUGCCCGGGCCACAAGGUCUAUACGACCGACGGCAACUGCGGCUACACCCACGGCUACUCUCUGUGCGGCGGCAAAUGGGGCGACUGCUGUAGCUUUAGUGAGGGCAAGUGUGGGACUGGGCCCGAGUAUUGCGGCCAGGGGAAAUGCCAGUCUGGGAACUGUACCACGUCGGCGUGAUGCUGGAUCAGGUAGUCAACUCACGCCUGGUCGAUACUACAAUGGCCAAGGCUGCAUGUAACUAGGUAGGUACCUUGGUACGUACCUAGAUAUUUAGGCAGAUACUAGGCCUCAUCGCAAGCCCAACCCCUUUUCUACUAGUCACGCAAAAAUGUCAACCAACGGCCAUGGCCUCCAACGACCUCAAGAUUUGGCUCUUUUGCAUGCCUAUUUUUAUCCCAACCC